AUCCGGCCGAUCGUCCGCGCGGUCGAGGGCGUAAACUGGCUUCCGGCCCGGGCGGAUCGUCCCCGCGACGCGGGACAGGAGGCGCGGCGCCGAAUCGCGCGAGCCGACGCGGCCCGGUAAUCGCGGUAAUUGCAAGGCUCCGAGAUGCGAACCGCGACUCGCUUCCGCGACUCGCAAUCUUGGCGAGAGAUUGCACCGGCACUCCGGCUGCGAUAUAUAAUUUGGCCCCGCGGGACUGUCGAUUAAUCGGGCGACGAAACUCACUCCGCCUGUGCCUGUGACGCCGCCCGCGGCCAAAUCAAAUGGAUCAGCGCUGUCAAACGUGGCGUCGCUGCUCGCGCCCGCGCGCCGAUGGCCGCUCGGCGCAGAUGGCACCACUCGCCCGGCGCUGCUGUCAUGCGGCAGGGCCAAACAAAGGCAAAAGUGUCGACGAGUUAUCGCGAUUGUCGUUGAGCGUACGCUGCAGUCCGAGACCCGAGGCAUGGGUUCGGAGCACAGCUCCCAACUGGAUCCGUCGAGGGAGGCCGCGCGAGGCGGCGCCAAGUCCAGCAGCCCGGCACUGAGACGAGGCAAGAGUGUGCCGAGUCGCGAGAGUGUCGCAGUGGACACGCCGCCGAGAUGUAUCAGUCCGGGCCCGAGCAUAUGCAGCGACUCGGAUUUACCUUACAUAUCGUACACGGUCAACAGGCCGAUAGGCGAUUCGCCCAAGAUGACCAACAAGCAGUCGUCGCAACUCCACCGUGGCAAGAGCCUUGGCUCUCAAGAGGCCAAAAGAAAAUUUAGUCAGAAGAAAAGUGCCUCCGACAAGAUACACGAUAUCGUUGUGGUUAAAGCUGCCGCUUCGGAUCCAAGUACGGACAAGGAUCCGGACCUGAUCAAGCUUCAAAACAUUCCCAUGUUUCUGCCCAUCAUGCGGGGAACGCUCAAUCUACCCCCCAGGGUGAGGGAUCCCGAAGUGCUUGAAAGACUGGAUCCCUUGGGGUUGUACAACUUGUGCGCAAGAUACCAGCAUCACUUGAACAAUUGUGCACAAAUCGUGGCCAAUGAGCAGAAUGUACUUUGCACAAAUAUGGAUACAGAAUUGAAUAGAAUGAUCAUUGUUGCCACCGAGAGGCAGAAAAAGUUUGCCAAGUUUGCGGAACAGCUGGGCAAAGUGCACGAGCUCAGUAGGCAACUCAACAAGUGUCACAUGCAACUCAACCAGACACUGGAGAGCUUGGAAACAUUGAACAAUUUACUACCGAUAGAGGAGAGGCUUGAGCCCUUUGUGUGGACUACAGGAUAGUUUUUUCAAGUUUACUCACAGAGAGAUACUUGUUUACGUUAUUUUUUGUAUUUAACAGAAAAAAAUUAUCUUUGUUUCAUACGUGUAUAUAAUCUUUUGCACACCAUAUCUACUUUACUUCUAGUGUUCUAUAUAAAAAUAAAACCUUAAA